GCUGUCGAGUGAGUCACUUCGACAAUACACAAGCUUUGGCGCUAGCUGAAGGAGGCUAACGCUAGCAGGCGGUGUUCACCGGGCACGGUCGGGUCGCGGUUCGGUAUGAUUCCCGGGGACAGCAGCAUGAGCUCCAUCGUGCAGCGGAUCGCCCGCCAGGCUCUGGUCACCUUCAGGCCGCCGCGGCACGCCGGGGAGGCCGCGAAAAGUUUCCAGGAGAACCACAGCAAGCUCAAGAGCCUGCUGACGGAAGUGCGAGCGGCGGACCUGAAACUCGUCCCCCGGCGAGCCGACGGCAGCUGCCCGGCCGCCGGCGUGCCCCCGCGGCCGUACCCCGGCGCGCCUCCCCCGGUCACCUACAUGCACAUCUGCGAGACGGACGAGUUCAGCAUGGGGGUGUUCCUGCUGAAGAGCGGCGCGUCCAUCCCGCUGCACGACCACCCGGGGAUGCACGGCAUGCUCAAAGUCAUGUACGGCAAGGUCAGGAUCAGCUGCUUCGACAGGCUGGACCGGCCGGCCGGCGACCCGCAGGCGGCUCCGCCCGCCCAGAGAGGAGCCCUGCGGCGCUGCGUGCUCCGCUCCACCGGGGAGUACACGGAGGAGAGCGGGCCGUGCGUCCUCAGCCCGGACCGGGACAACCUGCACCAGAUCGACGCCGUGGACGGACCCACGGCUUUCCUGGACAUCCUGGCCCCGCCGUACGACCCGGACGACGGCAGGGACUGUCAUUAUUACAAGGUUUUGUCCGAAGCGGAGGGCAAAACGACGGAGGAGGCGCCGAAGGAGAAAGAGAAGGAGGUCUGGAUGAUGGAGAUCACGCAGCCUCCCGAUUUCUGGUGCGGAGGGGAGCCGUACCCCGGCCCGGAGGUCUCCCUCUGAGCAUCUGACUGACCUGCGGCCUCAAAAUGUCCCCUGUCCCAGGCUGCUCCGGGUCAGGGCACAAGGCCUCGCAACGCUUUGGAUGGACUUGACUGGACUGGGCGAAAAGAUAAUUUCUUCUCCAAUUAAGUGAUUAAUUAAACCUUGUGACAGUGGGAUGUGAUGCUGUGCAGUCUGCAGGCGGUGUUGGCCAGCCUGUGCCUCCUUCAUGGUCAAGAAUGUAGUUACAGAAUGACAUAACCAACAUAAACACCAAAGAGAUCUGACGAUAGACUGUAUAAACUUCAUACAGUCUACAUAUCUGACACUCAGAAUUAGGUGACAGGGUAAUAACUUUAUGCAGAGGUAAACAGCAGUAACUGUUUUUUUUUUUUUUUUUUUUUUUUCAAAAGGUCGAAUGUCAGGACUUAAGUCUGGAUUUUGUUUUAGCACAAAUUAGACCCGUUUCUGUGCUACUAAACAAUGUAAACCACCCACUUCUGCACUAAUAAUACAGGACAGGAGAUAAUGGUGGUGAUCUCAUGCAGUUACUGCUGUUCUCCCCCCAAAAAAUUUCAUUUUCAGGUUUUGGGAAUGAACUGGGAGUGUUUUCAUGAUGCAUUUCUUCCUAUCUGUCAUCCACUAUAGUUUUGCCUCUGCUUUCAGUCCCCAUUGUCACCGGGGUCACCCUAACCCUAACCCAGAUAUCACCCCGUGUGUUGUGGUCUAAUGUCUGGAUUAGACAUCAGACCACAGGAACGCUGUGGCCGUUCAGGCCUCUGAGUUUAUGAGUAACUAAAUCUCAGGACUGCAUGUUGGCAGGGAGUGUGUGUUGAUGAUUGACAGCCGUAACAACAGUGAGGAAAGCAAGGAAAUGGAUGCAGCAUCAGACUUUUUGAGGAAGUGGUGGAAAAUGGCAGCAUGAACAGGGUUACCUUCCUAACUGAGGGAGAAGUGGCAGAAAAUAAAGAGUUUUAUCAGGUACAACAGGCCACUAACACAACCAGGGUUUGGGGUUUGGAUCCUGUUGCAGACACAUAUUGCUGGCUGAAAACCUUGUAUUAACAAAUAUCAACUUCUUACAGACUAGAAGAAAUUGUCUUUAUUUACUGGACCACUUUGCUUGUUUGAGCUUAUCCAGUGCAGUUUGAAAGGGAUUUACAAGACCCAGGGUGGUACAGUUUUCUGCACCCUAUAGUCAAAGUCAAAAUAUGGAAAUCAUCAGAAUUGCAGGUUUGAGCUUCUCACAUGACACCAGAAAAGCAUUAAAGAUGUAUUUGUGCAAGAUGCUGCAAGGUUUAUGGUUAAAAGCGCCCGCCAAGUGCUUGAUGUUAUCACUGUGGGGGAUAAAGAGGCUCCUGCUGCUGCUGCUGCUUUCCAGAAAGUCAGAAAUUGUGACUCUGUGCAGGAAAAAGUCAGAAAACCAAGCAGGAAGCUACCUGGUGUCAUGUCGGCAUGGCGUCACGCACGUCAAACCCUGUUAUAGCACUACAUGUUUAUGAUCUCUGCAGUACACUUUAAAUUAUAUUUUCAGUCUCAUGGCACUCGAAAACGCCUGUGUGGUGAAUGGUUGUAUGUAUAAAUUAGAAAUAUAAACUCGCUCUCACAGUUGCUGACUCGUAUGCUAAUUGGCUUGCAAAUGGUGGCAUAAUUUGGGGCGAAGAGGAUUUCAUUGGCGACCAUGUUUGUUCUCUUCCUGCCGGCGAUUUUAAACGGAUCGCAGCACGAGAAACAGCAGCGAGGUGGAAAACGGGCGUUUGCCAGACUUUUCUUCGCUGUCUCUCGUCGGACGGUGUUGGCGUGUUUUUCUAAAUGUCUUCCGGGGCUGCAGGCUCCUCUUCAGCUCACAUGAAAACAGGAAAAUAACCCAAAAACAGAAGAAUCGAGGUUUUAACACAUCGACAGGACAUGCACAGGUUGUAAAAGUCAUUCCUCUCAGAGCUGUGCGCAUGAAUCUCAGGACUCUGCUCUGACUUGUGUGUGAUUGACUUGCUGUGGAUUGAAAGAUGAGGAAAGUGUGUGAUUCUGACCUGCACCGUCCCUUUUUGGCAGGAGGACGGGAUGGGCUCUCAUUUUUUGGUGAAGCUGCGGUCUUUCUUUGAAAACCAGCGUUUGCAAAAAGGCUCAUGUUGGGGUUAAAUACACAAUUAUGUUUAUUUGAAACUUUUGAGAGUGAAAAUGACAACUCCUAGUGCUGCAGCAUGUGCCCACACACUGAAUAACAAGGCAGAAAGAAAUCGGGGAUUUUGAUUUCAAAAUGUACAGCUGCACUAUUUAACUGAUGGCUAGCAUGAUAGUAGAGAACAUUACAGAUUACAGUUAAAGUGUUAAUUUCUCAUCUAACAAAAUAGUCUCAGUUUUGGAACAUAGACUGCUUUGUAAUAUUUUACUCCUUUCUCAGACAGGUGUUUGUUUGUUUGAAAUGGAUCUGUCGUAUUUUGGAACCAAACCUCAACUUGUCCGCUGCUGCUAAACACAGUUUCUGCUCUAAACAGAACAACGACUGACGCUAGAUAUGCUCUGUAUGGUGUUCCUGUGGGAAAAGCAAAAUAUGACUUUUUGUUAGCAAUAAUGUUUCUUCAACUUAGCACUUAAAAAUCAGGCCUGAGUGCAGAAUCCUGUCCUGGAGCAGUCGCUGUUAAAUGAACAGAAGCUGUAUCGAUGCGUUUUUGCCUGUAAUGGUUUUUCUGUCCGUUCAUAUAAAAUGUGGUGUUUAUUUUGCCUAAACACUGAAUGUUGACUUUUAUUUUCUAUGACUUCUUUCUCUCACAAUUUUAUUUUUCGUCCCUCCUGAUCUUUUGCUUUUUUCUUUGACUGGUCACUAACGCUGCGUUCAGGUGUAACUCAAAUUCAGACCUGUUAGAUUCACACGAGCUCUUUACGAUGUUCGUCAGGGGCGAAACACACAGGACGAGAUGGAGCCGCCAGAAAACAUUCAAGUAAAGGAAAGAUUUAUUUGGGUGCAAAUUAUAAAAAAAAAAAAAUCUUUUAGUCUGGACUCACGGUGAUUCACAGGCCUUUUUUGUUUAUUAACCAAAUAAAUCUCUUUUGCAUCUA